UGCUGCGGAGAAGGGGGGCGUUCGUCCGUUGGGGUUUGGAGUUGCACUGUAUCCAUUUUAAGUUAGCGCUGGUGGCACCUGGGGUGCUUAGCGUUUUCGAACGGUUCUGCUGUGGUAUUCAGUACAUUCAAGCUCUCAUGUUCACAGAAAACUGUUGUGGGGACCCUGUGCCCAAUACCAACUCCCACUGUUGCGCAAAAGUGGGAGGGUCCCCGAAUCGGUUGCGAGAUAGGCAUCCUGCAAGCCUUUUGUUACAUUACCGGACUGCUAUUAUUGGAAGGACAUUUUGAAUCCCCUUACCUUUUUGGCAUGGGGCUUCAAGUAGCAGUGAUCGCUGUGCACACCUAAGAAGUUGGACCCUGAAGAUGCGCUAAUUAUAAGAUAAGCCUGUAAUGGGGAAAAAUCGCCUGUUGUACAUGUGAGGACUCAGAUAGUCAUCCUGGAAAUACCAACCAUGGGGGACAAAAGCAAGCUGAUUGGUGGCCAACAGAAGGUGCUGCAGGUCUUGUAUGAUGACUUGGAAAAGGAGCAGCAACAAUGGAAGGCACAGGCCUACAAGGAAUACCCAGAUGCCGGCGACGUGGGUCGGGCCGAGCGCCAAGGCGGCCGUGCUCUGGAUGGAGCGCCAGUGCUAUCGGUUCCGCUUCCACUCGGACACGCUCUGCCUGUCGGUGGCGCUGCUCGAUGCGUUCCUCGGCCAGGUCAAGGCCAAAGCCAAGUACAUCACCUGCAUGGCGUUGACCUGCCUCUACUUGGCCGCCAAGAUCUGCGAGGAAGACGAGCUGGUGCCGGCCAUCAGUUACGUGGUGGAGCGGGCUCGGCCUGGCUGCUCGGUGGCCGACGUGCUGCGCAUGGAGCGGGUAGUACUGGACAAGUUCGGCUGGCAGGUGCGGCUGGUCACGCCGCUCAACUUUCUGCACAGCCUGCACUGCCUGCUGGUGGCCGCCUGCCCGGGUCUGCUGGCCGACCGUCAGCACCGGUUGUCGGCCCACCGUCAGCUCUGCGGUCUGACCGAGCGCCUGGUGGAGCUGGUGACGGACGUGCGCACGCUGGGCGUGCCCCCCUCGUGCCUGGCGGCGGCGCUCAUCUGCUGCGAACUGCGCCGCUGCAACGUCGACACGGCGCCCUUCGCCCAGGCCGCCCACCGGCUCAUCAAGCGGAGCCCGGAGGAGGUGUCGGCGGCGGCCGAGCAGGUGCGCGCCGUGCUGGGCGACGCUGGCGACUCGGUGCUGGUGCCGCGGCCGGCCGUCGCCGCGGCCAAGCGGCCUCGUCAGCGCGGCGACUCGCGCAGCUUCUCUCGGCCGGCCAAGCGCAAGCUGGUAACUGCCGAGCUCGACGACGACAUCGUGGGUGAUAUCCGCAACCUGUACAAGGGCGCGGAGGAGGAGGCGCCGCGCCGGCCGGCCGCUGCUCCCGCCGGCUUCCAGCCGCCCUACAGUCCAGAGUUCCCGGAGCUCGGCAAGCAGGGACAUGUGGCUGAAAGCCCUAUGUCCCAGACCUGCGGCCUCAUCAGCCAAGUCGCGCGGCUCAGCUAUGCAGAGGUGCUGCGCCGCCACCUUCCCAUCCCGUCCGUCAUGGCCGGCGGCAUCUAGCGACAUCUCCUGAGCGCAAAAUGAAACUGGAAGCUGUUCACCGGUCCGCCAGGCGUCAGCGUUGUGGAUGGAGACGGUGUCGCAGAGGCGCUGACUCAAGCCGUGAACAGAGCGUAGCUCUGACUGGAAGUGUUGAAGACAUUGUCAAGAGAAUCUGGUGCCGAGGUGCUGCUAGCUGGAAAUGUGAAGUGUAUCCCCGUAAAUCGUUAACCCAGAGCAAAAGAAAUAGUGCAACACAUUAUGUUGAUGGAUCGCGAUAGUAGUCACUGCUAGAUUUUAAUUACUUGUUUUAUUUGACACGUAAAUGUUUUAUCUUAACCCCACUGCGUUGUUUUCAGCAGUGGGGUCCGUAGACGUACAUCAUCUAUUUAGUUGCUAGAUCAGAGUCUAGAUUGAUAGGAAUCUCGCCGUGCGUGUUUUGUCGCCGCGCGCCCGCGGGGCGCGCGGCGCGGCUCGGCUCCGCGCAGGGUGCUUGUCGGCGGCGCAUCGCGCUUGCUCGCAUUACUCAGCCAGUGUUCAGAAGUGGCAUUUGGAGCCGACCGGCAGGUCACGGGUCACGGGCCGCGUGUCAGCCCGCCCCGCCGCUGGGCGCCGCCCGCUCCCGUGCGCGCGCGCGCGGGCGCCCGGCGGCGGCCCAUGCGACUUGUAACAAGUCACGACUGUCUUUCCUCGUCACCCUCACGACGGGCGCCGUCGGCGCCAUCAUUACCUCGUUAGUACAACGCCGGCCGCCGCCGCCGCGGCCAGUGGCGACGGCGGCGGGCCCAGCGCCGCGCCGCCCGGUAGCCGUUGCUCUGGCGCCGGCCGCCAGGCCGCCCCGAACGUAGAUUAGACCCCGAGCUAUGCAUACGGCGGCGACAUACCCCGGGAGAGGGCAUGCACCCCGCCGAUGGUGGGGAAAGCGUGGGAGCAAGCACGUGCGAGAGAGCGUGUGGGAUCACGCGCGCGAGGGAACGUGUCGGUGUAGUCAGCUACGCACAUGAGCCAGUAUAUGCAUGCAUGCCGCUAACGCUGGAUAAUACAUAGAAUGAUUGCG